AUGGACACUCCUAUUAGACAGCAGAUGGAGGCGCUUGUGCACCGUAAGCAGUUAGAAAUUACACAAGCUCUUGAAUCAUUGGAUACCGUAAAGUUCCAAACUGAUACUUGGGCUCGUGGUAACGAUGGCGGUGGUGGUACAUCCAUGGUUAUUCAAAAUGGUGACACUUUUGAGAAGGGUGGUGUUAACGUCUCUGUGGUCUACGGUAAACUUACACCACAAGCUGUUAGUGCAAUGCGUGAUAACCAUAAAAACUUAGAGUUAACCCAUAAUGAAGGUACGAAAUUCUUCGCAUGUGGACUGUCAAUGGUGAUCCAUCCCCACAACCCUCAUGCACCAACUACUCACUUAAACUAUCGUUAUUUCGAAACCUGGAAUGCAGAUGGCUCACCACAGGCAUGGUGGUUCGGUGGUGGUGCUGAUUUAACACCAAGCUAUCUGUAUGAGGAAGAUGCAGAGCACUUCCAUACUCUUCACAAGCGUGCCUUGGAUAAGCAUGAUAAAAAUCUAUACCCCAAAUUUAAGAAAUGGUGCGAUGAUUAUUUCUACAUUGCACACCGUGAAGAGAUGCGUGGUAUUGGUGGUAUUUUCUUUGAUGAUUUUGACGACAGACCAGCUACAGAUAUUUUGAAGAUUGUUGAAGAUUGUUUUGAUGCGUUUAUCCCUUCAUACAUCCCCAUCGUGGCUCGUAGAAAAGAUACACCAUAUACCCCAGAACAGAAGAAAUGGCAAGCGAUCCGUCGUGGUAGAUAUGUGGAAUUUAAUUUGAUUUACGACAGAGGCACUCAAUUUGGAUUGAGAACCCCGGGUUCACGUAUCGAAUCUAUUCUAAUGUCAUUGCCUGAGCACGCUUCCUGGCUGUACAACCAUCAUCCAGAACAGGGUACUCCAGAGGCAAAGCUGCUAGAAGCUACCCAUCAUCCAAAGAACUGGGCUAAAGAGUAA